CAUCUCUAGCUUCACCGAGCCUAUCGAUAUUUCGUUGUGAAUGGCAAAUCGAAGUAUUCUUGAGAAAAAAGAUCCGGUAGUCCUCCAUAGGGAAACCGGGAUAAAAGGAUUAUAACUCGGUAGCCAAACAGAUAUUGGAGAGCUUCCGCAUCGGAGCUCUCUUUCCUCUCGUGCCUGCCCAUCGUCAAAGCCUUUGAGAGUCGGAAAUGGACUCAAGUAGUCGGCGCAGUUACUCUGGAGGAAGUGGCAACGAAGGAGGACGGGGCAAUGAUUACUACAAGUCUAGGCCGGGGUCUCGUUACAGUCGAUCCAGGUCGCGUUCCCGUGAGCGGAACCGCGGCCAUGGAGGAUACAGGCACCGGAAUUCUCGCUCCCGAAGUCGGGAUCGGUCGCCCGUGUUUAGGAGCGAUCAGCAUCGCGGUGGUCGAGGAGGAGGUAGUAACGGUGAACCCGACCUGUACCACAAGCUGAUCAACGACGACUACAGGGAUCAGGAUGAUCGCAACUACAACUCCAGGAGCAACUUCGAUAACCGCCAGUUCCGGAGACAUGAUAGCUUUGACCGUCGGAAUCGGGACAGAGAUUGCGAGAGCGAUCGAGAACUAAACGACUAUGAGUACGAACAGCGCUCCCGCGACUUGGACUCCCGCGAUCGUAACUCCAAGGACAGGGACAGGUUUCAGAAUAGAAGUCGCAGCAGGGAACACAGCAGACCAUGGAACAGAAACCAUAAUCACGACGAAAGAAGCGGAAGCAACGAGCGGAACACGCGUCCCCGAGAACACCGCAUGUACAACGGAGGUGGCAGAACCCGUAGUCGCGAUCGAGAGCAUCGGGAGCAAGAUCGGGAUCGUGAUCGGGAGAGAAGGGGCUCUUCAGAUUAUGACAGCGAUGAAGGCCACAUGCGCAGGAGCAAAUACCGAUCCACCACUGAAGCUCUAAAUAUUAUUAUAAUCUUUGGUCUAACUAAGGAAAUGACCAGAGCAGAUAUUAUGAGCGAGCUGAUAAAGGUGAACAUGGAGCCUGCCUGCAUUCGCAUUAUCCGGAAACAAGGAACAGAUUCAUCACGCGGUAUAGCGUUUGUCGAGUUUAACACCGUUGAGGAGGCAAAGCAAUGGAUGGAUAUUACACAGGGCGUUCUAAAGUUAAAUGACGAGCGGGUGAGCAUGCGGUACAGCCACAAGCGAAUUCAGGACUGGAAUUGCAACAAGUGCGGCGUCUGCAACUUCAAGUUUAGGUUCUAUUGCUUUGUGUGCAAAACAUCCCGGGAGGACAGCGAAACCACCUUCUCCUCCGGCAGCGAGGGCGUGGACGAAGUCAGCAGCAUCCUCACCAAAAAGAUCAUGCUUCGCAACCUGGACGCCCUUACCAACGAAGAGGCUGUGCUCACCGCCCUCCAAAAUCACCUAAAGGAUCUGAGCAAGACGGUGAGCAAGGUGCUAAUCAGUCGGGAUUCCCUGACCCAGGCUUCUCGAGGAAUUUGCUACCUUCACUUCGACACUCUCGUCGACUCGAUGAAUGUGCACAAUGCAUUGACUUCGCUGGAUCCUCCACUUACCCUAGACGACAGACUUGUGGCCAUUACCUAUUGCAACGACAUGGAGGAGCGCCAAGCAUUGCCCAAGAACUCUAAAGCAUUAGCAGUUAAGGCCAACGAUGCAACUGAUAAAAACGGGGCCGUAUCAGCGGUUCCUCCCUCAGGAGUGGGUGGAAAAUAUACUCUGGCCGAUGUUCCACGACUCGCUGAAUAUAGUGCUUCCCUUUACGCUUCGAAUCCCGCAGAGCACGCUCAUUAUGUCCAGUACUAUACGGAAUAUUACACGGCAGAUAUAACCAAAAAGAACAGGGAUUCUCACUUAACUGAAGCCAAUUCCGGAGCAGCGGUUGCCCUCUCGGCCAUCCAGCGCAAGCAGAAGAAGAUGAACAGUAUCGAGACCACAAUCACAGCGGCGGCCACAGCUGCCGCACAGGCAGCGGCGGAAGUGAAGGCCACAUUGGCUGCUCAAGUGGUCAGUGCGCCCAAGGGCAACGAUGGAAAGAUCUACCCCUCUCCCGACGUGACGCAGUACCAGUUUGAUAAGACAUCGGGCUACUACUACGACAGUACCACGGGUCUCUACUACGAUGCCCACUCGCAGUACUACUACAACAACGAGACGGGUGCGUAUCUGUAUUGGGAUCAGCGCAGGAGCACCUACGUGCUGGCCACGCCGGCCUCCACUCAGGCGGCUCUCCAGGAAGUCCUGGCCGACGCCGAACAAAAGGAGGAGGAGGCCAAAAAGGCAAAGGAGAAGGAUAAGGAAAAGGAGGGCGGAAAUAAGCACGACAAGGUCAAGGUGGCCAAGAAGAUUGUCAAAGACAUGGAGAAGUGGGCCAAGCAGCUAAACCAGAAAAAAGACUACACCGCAGUGGCCACCCCGCAACCAAUAUUGGCCAACGAAGUACCCACCACUUCGCGUGGCAAUCAAGGCGGAUAUGCCGAUGUGGGAUUCUCUAUUCUCGAGAAGAAGGAGCGGAGCAAGUUGAAUGACUAUGCGGCACCACCGGCUGUGGGUCCAAUGAACAAGCUUGUAAAUGCCUAUGGCGGAACAUCGGACUCCGAAGAGGACAGCGCUCCAAGUUCGCAAACCACACUGACCUCAGCAGGUGUUAGCGGCCGAGCAGGCGCUGAAGAGUCUGAUUACGUGGACUUCCAGAAGCUGACGUGCCUGCUCUGCAAACGUGCCUUCCAAUCGUUGGAAAUUCUCCAGAAGCACCUGAGGAUGUCCACUCUGCACAAGGAGAACCUGGCCAAACUCAACCACAGCACUGGAAGCAGCAUCGAAGAGGCACUGGCCUAUCGAGAUCGUGCCAAGGAGCGCAGGCUGAAGUACGGCGAGAGCGAUCCUCCUCCACCUAACAAGAGCAGGGAGCGUUUCGAGCAGGAGAUAAAGACACUGCACUCGCGGCAAAAGCAUUCUACUAGCGCUGCUCCAGCCAUGCCCAUCAGUUCGAGCAACGUUGGCAGUCGCCUCAUGCAGAAGAUGGGUUGGUCCGAGGGCCAGGGAUUGGGCAGGAAGAACCAGGGACGCACCCAGAUCAUAGAGGCUGACGGACGCUCCAACCAUGUGGGCUUGGGCAACAAAUCGGCGCAAAUGAUACCGGGCAACGACUACAAAUCCUACAUAAAGAAGAUGAUGAAGCAGCGCUAUGAGAAUGCCUGAGAAUAAGCCGUUUCACAUGAAAUCGUUCCAUUUGAACUGAAAUCGCCUUUUAAUUCAGGUUUUUGAGAAACAGUGGCGCGAAAAGCUGAAAUUAUAUUCAUAUUAUAUAUGAAGCUUCUUGAGUAUUGGCUUUGGCGUUCUUUUGAAGUCAACGAGAAAAUGUGAAAUUGUCCUUCUAGUUAGUAAUAUUAUUGUUUGAGUUAUGAUUAAGCGAAUUCAAAUCCUUAUUCGAAUGUACAAAAUAAAAUCUAAAGCUG